UUCAAAACAAAGAGGGAAAUUCAACUUUCACAGAAUAAGAAAUUUUUCGUUUUAGGCUAGCUGUCGAAAUGCCACAGGAAUUUCAUGUUCUUCAGUGCUAUAGCUGUUUUACUUUUCAAGUACAUCAAGUAAAGAAGAGUAGCAACAAAUGGAAUUGCAAAGUUUGUGGAGAGAAACAAUCCAUCAAGAAAGUUUACGGUAGAGGAAGUGGAGCUGAUUGUAGACGUCACGUACAAAAUUUGAACUCCUUAUGGCAAGAAGUGGACAAGAGUCAGACACUCAGUGUCUGUCAUUAUGAUAAUCCUGAAUUGGGGAACAAGGAACAAGGGUUAACUACAGUCCCUGAGAACCAAAACAGACUCCCUACUUACACUGAAAGUAGAUGGAAUCAGUACAUAGAAGAGGCGCCUUCGGAGAUUCGUGAUGAACUUCCACAGCCAGAGGAUGACAUGUACACCACAGAUGGCAGUGUAUUUAACAGAUCAAAGAAACGCAAACGGAAUACAAGCAGCUUCAGCAGAAAGUAUACUAGACAUCAAAAUGACAUAGGUGCUGACUCAACAUCAUACCGAAGCAGUUAUGAUAAAGAUUUACAACAGAAUGAUCAGCCCAGUAUCAGCAGCAGUUCAUCUCACAGAGUUAAGAUUUUCCAACAACCACAAGCUUUCAGAUUUCAGUCAAACCCUGCUUUGACUAGCGCAAAUUCCUCUCUCCAAGAGUUUGCCCAUGAAGACACAACCAGUCUCUCAUCCUUUACACAGCGGAAUGUUGACCCCAAAGAACAGUUUGAUGCUUUGGACACCCUCAACGUAAAACAAAGAACAGCGGGUAAUUUUCCCAAAUUAGAUCCUGAAAAAGUUAAGAAGAGAAAUCCCGUUCAGACAAUUAAAACUACAGGGUCAAAAUGGGAUCAGUUUGUAGAAGAGGAUCAGGAUUCACUUGAGGAUUCUGAAGAUGAGCAGGAAAAUGUCUGCCCUGUAAGUAACCAAGGAACAAGCUUUCAGCAAAGAGACAAUUUACCAAAAUAUGAAAACAGAGUGAACCAAGAACUGUUCUCCAUUGAUGAUCUUGAGGAUUCAGACUUUCAAAUAUAUCAAUAAUUGAAUAACCGACUGAAAUAUAUACUGCAAGAUUAUUUCAAAAUACAUUUUAAUAUACAGUAACAUAUUACAUUGAAAAGUGUUAAGAUAGAAAAUUAUUUGUAUACCUGUAUAUAGAAAAGUGCUAAAAUUCAGAACUAUUGUUGGCACUGUUAUGUAAUUGUGUAUUGCAAUUUGUGUUACCAUUAAAUGUUGUAUUGAAAAGUAAA